AUGGACAGCCAAACUACUUCUCUCUGUACCUCAUCUUCUUCCCAGUACAGACUGGUUUGGCCAGCAAGAGAGCAACAGAAAAUGGGACCCUCUUCCGCAACUCAAGCUCUCACUCUCUUCAGCUCUCUGCCCAAAACCUUAAUCUUCAACGCAGAGCCUCAGCCUUCAUCUCUGCAACUCUCGAGACCCAAAAGAUUGAAACUGAUAGUGACGAUGAGAGACAGAAGCAAUAACCCGAGACCAUUGCAGAAAGGGAGACACCUCAGCAUCGAAGCCAUACAGACCGUACAGGCCUUGAAGAGAGCCAAGAAGAACCAGAGCUUUCUUGACCAAGCGUUCGAUUCUAAGUUCAGGCGCUUGCUGAAGCUCGACAUGAUGGCUGUCCUUCGUGACCUCCUCCGCCAAAAUGAGUGCUUCUUGGCCCUCAAGGUCUUUGAAGAUAUUCGAAAAGAACACUGGUAUAGGCCGCAGGUUUCACUUUAUGCUGAUAUGAUUAAAGUAAUGGCUAGCAAUGAAUUGUUUGAACAAGUUGAACUUCUUUGCUUGUGCUUGAAAAAAGAAACAAAUUUACACCCUGAACUUGAGGCUUUUAAUGCUCUAUUGACAACAUUGAUAAGCUUUAACAUCCCUAAACUUGCAAUGGAGUGCUAUUACUUGAUGAAAGAGGUGGGAUGUGAACCAGAUAGGUCAUCCUUUAGAAUACUCAUUAAUGGUCUAGAAUCCAUGGGAGAGACAGGUCUUUCAGGUAUUUUGAGGCAGGAUGCUCAAAAGUAUUAUGGUGAAUCUCUGGAGUUUCUAGAGGAGAAUGAAGAAACGGCAGUCAAGUGA